CACGCUGGGAUCACAUGCUCAAGUCGCCAGAUUGCUCUAUGCGUGGUGCAGGAUCUGGAUUUCGAAAACAGGAAUGGCUACUUUUUUAUUGUUAUAUUCCAUGAAUGAAGGAACACUUAAGAGUCACAUGAUGAGUUCAGACUGUUAAUAUUAAUAGGAGCCGGCUUUAAAAUCUGUCAAUCGACCACUGCGUGUGAACAUGGAUAUUCUUGGAAAUUCAGUGUACUCGGAAGAAGAUGCUUGCUCUAGGAUAUUAAAACAUAAGCAAAUGGAGCAGCUUUAAACUUAAACAUCUUUUAAACGAUUUUGGAGUUUUGUUAUUUUUUAAACCAAUAUUUUAGACAGGCGCUUUGCUUGUUGAACAGUCUUAUUUUUUUAAAAAAGCUUGUAAUCCGCUCUACAGUAGCCUAAAUUUUAGUUUUGAGUCUGCUAUCGUAUCGAUUUUAGCUGGAUGGGCUAUUUUCAGACAUGGCGGAGUGAACAUUUUAGGAGCUGUCUUUACUUUUAUCGGUAGCCUAUAUAUUAUUGCAACUAUGAGUUUAUAACGUUAAAAAAGGCAGUUUUAAGUUAGUUUAAUUCAGACAUAGAGGCUAGCGAAUUCCCCUGAAGAUGAGGUCUUCGUUGGCUCCAGGCAUUAGAGUCAUUACCUCCUUCUCAAGAGACAGCUGGUACAGAGGCUUCAUUCUCUUCCUGACGUUCCUGUUCUACACCAGUUAUCAUCUGUCACGGAAACCUAUCAGUGUGGUCAAGAGUCAACUGCACAGAAACUGUUCCAAUGUCAUUCGGCCUGCUGACUUGAAUGUCACCAACAAUGACACCUGGUGUGACUGGGCUCCAUUUGACCAGGACAAUUAUCAAACACUUUUUGGAGCAGUUGACAACUCCUUCCUUGUUGCCUAUGCCAUUGGCAUGUUUUUCAGUGGCAUCUUUGGAGAGCGCUUGCCCCUGCGAUACUACCUCAGCACAGGGAUGGUCCUCAGUGGAAUCUUCACGUCACUCUUCGGCUUGGGCUACUACUGGAACAUCCACUCUAUCUGGUACUACGCCUUUGUCCAGGCUAUGAAUGGACUGGUGCAGACGACAGGCUGGCCUGCAGUGGUAGCUUGCGUUGGAAACUGGUUCGGAAAGGGGAAGCGUGGGUUCAUCAUGGGCGUAUGGAACUCCCACACAUCUGUGGGGAACAUCUUGGGGUCGCUGAUUGCUGGUGUGUUUGUGUCGUCUGCCUGGGGCUUGUCCUUCAUUGUACCUGGUAUCAUUAUUGGCGCCACAGGAGUGCUAUGCUUCUUCUUCCUGGUUGAACACCCUGAGGAUGUCAACUGUACACUCCCACAGCAUCAUCAGGAGAGUGCAGAGCAGGAGCCUCUGCUGCGCAACUCGUCCAGCAACGAGGAGAUCUUCAGCAGUCCUCCGCCCGGCACGCCGCCCAGUGUGGUGGAGCGUUCCGAUGACCACGCCGAGGCCAUCAGCUUCUGCAGGGCCCUGAGAAUUCCUGGUGUCGUUGAAUUCUCCCUGUGUCUUCUGUUUGCCAAGCUGGUCAGCUACACCUUCCUGUAUUGGCUACCUCUGUAUAUCGCAAAUGUCGCUCAGUUUGACCCCAGAGCAGCAGGAGACAUGUCAACAUUAUUUGAUGUUGGAGGAAUUGUAGGGGGGAUCAUGGCUGGCUUGGUGUCAGAUUACACUGGAGGAAGAGCCUCCACCUGCUGGGUGAUGCUGAUCUUUGCUGCCCCAAUGCUCUUUCUGUACAACCACGUCGGCCAGAACGGUGUGCCAACCACAAUCGGCAUGUUGCUUGUGUGUGGAGCGCUGGUCAAUGGCCCUUACGCCCUGAUUACCACGGCCGUGUCAGCUGACCUGGGAACCCACGAGUGUCUGAGAGGAAACUCCAGAGCUUUAUCAACAGUAACGGCUAUUAUUGACGGAACGGGAUCCAUAGGUGCUGCCCUCGGCCCUCUGUUGGCCGGCGUCAUCUCACCUACGGGCUGGAACAACGUUUUCUACAUGCUCAUCACCUCCGACAUACUGGCCUGUUUGCUGCUCUCGCGCCUGGUUUAUAAGGAGAUAAGGGGAUGGUGUGGAUAUCACACAAGGAUGAGAGGGUUUAAAGAAAUCUGAGGCACUAAGCAACAACAGAGGCCUUCACUUCAGCACAGGACUACCUAUCACCAGCAGAACAGACGAAGGGACCACAUUUUAAAGCACAAACACCAGCAGGCCAUUUGUGAAUACCAAAUACCUCAUACAGCUCUCUUGCAACUCUCACUUACUCAUUCCCACAUCCUGGCCCUUGAGCAAAACUGUGGAGCUUGACUCUGGCAGGGGACUGGAGGAUUUUACGCGACCACGGUGCUUCAUAUCUGCAGGUCCUUGUUAGCAAUAUGUUCGAGACUUUCAUACUUCAAAUUGGUGUUGAAACAAAUUCAUUUGGUACAAUCAGGUGAGGGGGGGUUUAGAAGAUUUGAAGUCGUCAACAUCCUGAAAGACUUUAAAAAAAGGGGAACAAAAGGUUUUUUAUUAAUGUUUUUAUUAAUGAGUGUUUUUACAAACUAAUUUAUCUAUCUUGAACUGCCUCCCUCUCUCUACCUGACUCAAAUCCAGCUGUACUUUUGUCAGUAAAAUUGCCUUUUUGUGCGUUUCCUUAAA